AUGUCGCAACAAUAUAAAUUACAUCAAUUUACAAAUGAAAAAGAGUUUAUUGAAGGAUCUUGUGAAUUCAUAUACGAUAUCAUCAAGAAUGCAAUUGCUGUAAGAGGUAAUGCCGUGAUUGGUUUGAGUGGUGGUACAUCACCAAAGGCAAUCUAUGCAGCAUUGACUGUACCUAGUGAAAAGAAUCAGACUAUCGAUUGGACUAGAGUAUUCUUUUACAGUGUCGAUGAGAGAUACAUUGGCAAGGAGUCACCUGAUUCACUCUAUCAUUUGGUGCGUCACACCAUCUUUGCAGACUCUACACCCGUCAGCGGACUGAUCGACAAACACUUUACCACACCAGAUACAUCACUCGCACUACCAGAAUGUAUCAACAAGUAUAAAAGUGAUCUCUCACAACUUGUUCAAACCAAGUCUGAUGGUGCACCCGAUCUAUCUAUUCUUGGUAUGGGUGAGGAUGGUCAUAUUGCCUCGAUCUUUCCACAAAUGGAUAGUACACCAGACAAACAUAUCGAUCUUCCAACCGACCUCGUCUACCAUACCACUACCACUCGCUUUGCCAUCUUUGAUCGUAUCACUACCAAUCUAAACUUUUUAACUAGCUCUCGUAACAAAUUAUUCUUUAUGAAAGGAGAAUCAAAGAAAAAGGUUUGGGAUGAAAUGGUAGCUCAACCAACCAAUCCAUACAGAUGGCCUGCUCAAGCUAUCAAUCAAUCUGGUCAUUCAAAUGUUUUCUAUCUUGUCUAA